AAAAAAAAAGAGUUUUGACAACAAUUUGUUGAUAAGUUUACGAUAAGCACUCAGCAUUCCACGAAUGCAGGCCCUUUUCUCAGUUUUUUUCCUGAGAAACUCCGUAGAAAUUAAAUGACGAUGUUAAGUAAUUAAUACCGAUUUUACCAGGCAGACCCGGAACGCUAUGUUCCAUGUGCAAAAUUAAGCACACCGGAUAGCAGUGAGCAUCAAACCAAAAUCAUAAUGUCGAGCGCCACUCGGAGCGGAAGCGAAGCGAUAUACAUAGGCGACAAGGACACACACCGGCAGUCCUUUCGGAAUGUAGCAAACCAAGAGGGGGAUCGGAAAGAAAUUAAGAUUCUAUUCUUCGAUUUAACGUAUUACAACGCUACGACUCAGUUUCUGCUAUGUUGCGCUGGUGUAUUCGUUCUGUAUCUGCUGUAUGGCUACUUGCAGGAGUUGAUUUUUACGCUUGAUGGAUUCAAACCGUACGGAUGGUUCUUGACGCUGAUUCAGUUUGGUUACUACACUAUUUUCGGAUACAUGGAACGUUCGUUCGAAAGCAAAAAGGUUCCCCGCUGCAUUCCGAUGAAAACGUACGUUUUGCUGGCGUUUCUCACCCUCGGCACAAUGGGUCUUUCCAACUCCAGUCUCGGUUACUUGAACUAUCCGACGCAGGUGAUUUUCAAGUGCUGCAAGUUGGUUCCGGUACUGAUCGGAAGCAUUCUGAUCCAGGGCAAGAAGCAUGGUCCGUUGGAUUUCCUUGCUGCCAUUGCGAUGUGCGUCGGGUUGACGCUUUUUACGCUGGCUGAUUCCCGGGUUUCGCCAAAUUUCAAUACCUUUGGAGUGCUGCUCAUUUCGCUGGCACUGGUGUGUGAUGCCGCAAUCGGGAAUGUACAGGAAAAGGCGAUGAGAGAGUACAAGGCCCCAAACAACGAAGUAGUGCUGUACUCGUAUGGGCUUGGUUUCGUGUAUUUGAGUGUGAUCAUGCUCCUGACAGGACAUUUGUUCACGGGAUUUGCAUUUUGCUAUCAGCAUCCAACAGAGACCUACGGUUAUGCCUUCCUGUUCAGCCUCUCGGGUUACCUAGGAAUUCAGAUAGUUUUGACGCUGGUACGGACUUGUGGAGCACCGCUGGCGGCCACUGUAACGACCGCACGGAAGGCUGUCACGAUUGCCCUGUCAUUCGUUUUCUUCAGCAAACCUUUUUCAAUUAACUAUCUAUGGUCCGGAUUGAUCGUAGUAAUAGGAAUCUAUCUCAACGUUUACAGCAAACGUAGUAAAAUUACGUUCAGCGACAUUAGCAGGUUAUUGCAGCGAUUGUACCGUAAAGUGGUUCCCCGCAGCAGGGGAAUCUCGUCCAGUACCAAAAAAAUAUUGCUAGAUGUUUAGAAAAUAUUAGGUUAAUUUAUACUAGAUUGUGCCGCCAUAAUAGUAUGAAAAAAUAUUGGAAAAUAUAUAAGGGCUACUGUCCACAUAUCACGUG